GAAUCCCCUGCCGAAUUGUCACUCGAUUCUUGCUCCUUCUCUCUCUUCCCAGUUUGUGGUUCUCAUAAUUUCCCAAAAAUUCAGUAUAUAUUUUCUGGGUUCUUUUUUUUUCAAAUAAUUAUUUUAAUUUUAUUUUAGUACGAAGAGUCAAGUUGCCUUCUUCAUUUCACUACUGCCCAUUUCCUUUGAUCUAACUAAAACAACACAUUCUUGCUUCUGGGUUUCCGCCAUAAUCUCCAAUUUUGAGUACUCCAUAACUUUCCAUUUUGGGAUUUCUUCCACGCCAAACUUCUGAAAUACACAGUUGGUAUGGGAGUUGUGACCAUUUCAAUAUCAGCUUCUCGAGCAUCAUUAGGAUUAAGCAGAAGAUCAACAGCUCAGCAAUCUAGUUCCAAUGGACCCUUAAUUCUAGGGUUCAAAGUGGACAAAAACAAAAAGACAGCCUUAGUUGCAGUAAGUGAACCUAGACGUUUACACGCAGAAACGAAGAAAGAGAACACAAAAAGAUUAAGAUCAGUCACAAAGCCUGUGAAAAGACUACGUGCCACCACAACCAGCAUAGCUGAAGCUUCUCCAUAUGCUGCUGAAAUAGAUCUUAAUGAAGCUGCUGCUAAACUUGAAAGCAUUUUCAAGCUGAGUCCUGCGACUGAUGUUUUGGAUGCUGAGAUCAUCGAUCACGUGGUAAAAGAAAGACGGGGAAGAAGAAGGAAGAGUACGGAAGUCGAUGAGGAACGGGAAAAAGAGGGUGACAGUAGUGUGGUGAGGAACAGGAACAGGAAAGCUAAACGGUUGAGCCUUGCAAAGAGAAUUGAAUUGAAGAAUAGCAAGGAAAGUAAGGAAGAGAAGGCAGUUCCUCUAGCUCAAAAGAAGAAAGUGAUUAAGAAUGAAGAUGAGAAGAUUGAUGAGCUUGUAAGAGAAUACUCUGCUUCAACUGAUUUGUCAAGCUUGGAUUGGAAGAAGAUGAAGAUACCGCCAGUUCUUCCUUCUUCUGAACACACUUGGUUGUUUAAGUUGAUGGAACCAAUGAAGGCCCUUAAUCAAGUAAAGGAGAACCUGAGGACAGAACUGGGAAGAGAAACAGCAGCUAAUGAAUUAGGAGAGGCAAUGAAUAUGACUGUAGUUGAAGUAAGAAGACACGUAGGGGUUGGUUAUGCUGCAAGAAACAAGUUGAUUAAGCACAACCUGAGGCUAGUAUUGUUUGUGAUGAACAAAUAUUUCCAAGAUUUUACAAAUGCACCAAAUUUUCAAGACCUAUGCCAAGCAGGAGUGAAGGGUCUGAUUACUGCUAUUGAUCGCUUUGAACCAAGGAGAAAAUUUCAGCUGUCUACUUAUGCUCUUUUCUGGAUAAGGCAUGCCAUCAUUCGUUCAAUGACCGUUUCAAGCUUUACUCGUGUCCCCUUCGGUCUUGAAUCGGUCAGGGUGGAAAUUCAAAAGGCCAAACUAGAAUUGAUGUUCGAGCUUAAAAGAAUGCCUACAGAAGAAGAGAUAAUGGAAAGGGUUGGAAUCUCUCCUGAAAGAUAUAAAGUGGUGAUGAGAGCUUCAAAUUCUGUUGUUUCCUUACAUUCUAGGCAUAAAGUCACACAAGAGGAGUUUAUCAAAGGGAUUACUGAUGAAGAUGGUGUUGGAAGUGACAAGCAGAGGCAACCAGCCCUUCUUAGACUUGCAAUCGACGAUGUUCUUGACUCUUUGAAGCCGAAAGAAAGCUUGGUAAUCCGGCAAAGAUAUGGUCUUGAUGGUAAAGGAGAUAGAACACUUGGAGAAAUCGCUGGAAACCUCAGCAUUUCAAGAGAAAUGGUCAGGAAACACAAAAUGAAGGCGUUAAUGAAGCUUAAGCAUCCAACUCGAGUGGAUUAUCUUCAGCGUCACAUAUCCUGAAUCAAAUUGGCACGAGAUGCUUUCAUCAUUCACGGUACAUAUAUAUGAUACGUCCAUUCACACUCUUACCGUCUCAUUUACUGUGAUACUACUCAUUAUUCUGUAUCAUAUAUAGCGUUUAUUAAUAAUACUACGUAUAAAGCAUAGAUAUGUUAUACUUAUACCCUAAUGUUAUAGGCUAGGAGGAUUGGAUGUUGCAUAUAUUAUCCUUUCCUUCAAAAGUAAAUAUCACUUGUAAUUUUCUUCAGGAACUUUUAACUUCCUUUGUAUCAAGCUGAUAGAUGACAUUAUCUUUUACCCUGUACUAUACAGAAUCAGUGAUUUAUACUAGCAUUCAACAAUUUAUUUCAAA